UGUUACAUAUGCAUUUAUUUUUUUCUUAGUAGGAGUUAUUUCAACAAAUUUAAAGUAGUGGGUGUCUAAAACUAGAAUUUUGCUUACCAGUGCUGGUUGAGUAAGGGAGACAGGCUGCUUAUUUUGUCUAUUACUUACAUGGGGGUUAAGUAUCUCAGCAGCUUGGCUGUGUGACAUGACCCUGGGACAGAACAGUGGCACGAAGUGACCAGGAGGCAGCCGUGCCAAAACAUGGCAUCUGAGGAGGCUUCGUUGCGAGCUCUGGAGAGUCUGAUGAGUGAAUUCUUUCACACUGGCACGACCAAUGAGCGUAAAAGAGAAAUAGAGUCGCUCCUGAAUAACUUUGCUCAGCAGCUUGGAGCAUGGAGGUUCUGUUUCUAUUUCCUGUCCAGCUCACACAGUGACUAUGUCUUAAUGUACAGCCUCAGCGUUUUUGAGAACCUGAUCAAUAAGAUGUGGUUGGGGGUUCCUUCCGAGGAGAAGAUGGAGAUCCGUAGCUCCCUGCCCAAACUUCUGCUUGCUCAGCACAAAAACCUUCCCAGCUUCAUCUGCAACAAGCUGUGCAAGGUGAUUGUGGACAUGGGAAGGCAGGACUGGCCCAUGUUCUACCAUGACUUUUUCACCAACAUUUUGCAGCUUAUCCAGACACCCAGCACUGCCCCUCUUGGACUCAUCAUGCUGAAAACUGCAUCUGAGGAAUUGGCCUGUCCCAGAGAGGACCUCAGUGUGACCAGGAAAGAAGAGCUGCGGAAACUAUUACUAGAGCAAGUGCCAACUGUUCUCGGGCUUCUUACAGGUGUCCUGGAGAGUAUUUGGGAUAAGCACAGCGUUACCGCGGCAACUCCCCCUCCCUCUCCCACUGCAUCAGAUGCUGAUGACCUCCUCAGUAACCUUGUUCACACACCCAGCCUGGCAAAGCAACUGAGCCAACCUUCUCCAAGCCUUGAGGCCGAGAGUGAACGAGUCUGUGCCCUGGCUCUCGAAUGUCUCUCACACCUCUUCAGCUGGAUCCCCCUUUCUGCCAGCAUCACCCCAUCCCUACUUACAACAAUCUUCCACUUUGCACGUCUAGGCUGUGAUGUCCGAUCACGACGGACCUCAAACAUUGCCACCACCAACUCCACCUCUGUGACUCUUAAUGGGGGCAGUAGCAGCCCCCCUCUGCCCUCCAUAUUGCCCACGUCCCAGCGAGACUGCGAUAAGUUGGGGGUAUUGGCAAUGUCUUGUAUUAAUGAGCUGAUGUGCAAGAACUGUGUUCCACUGGAGUUCCAGGAAUAUUUGCUACGUGUGUGCCAGCAGACUUUCUACCUCCUGCAGAGGAUAACCCGGGAGACAAAUGCCCAUAGCAUUCGCAAUCGGCUGGAGGAGCUUGACGAGAGUUACGUGGAAAAGUUCACAGAUUUCCUGCGGCUCUUUGUCAGUGUCCAUUUGCGGCGGAUAGAGUGCAAUGCCCAGUUCCCCGUUGUUGAGUUCCUCUCUCUCUUGUUUAAAUAUACCUUUCACCAGCCAACACAUGAGGGUUACCUGUCUUGUCUGGAUAUCUGGGCCUUAUUUCUGGACUACCUGACAAACAAGAUCAGGAACCGUCUAGAAGACAGAGAAGCCAUUCUCAGCAGGUACGAGGAUGCCUUGACAUUGCUGCUCACAGAAGUGCUGAACCGAAUUCAGUUUCGAUAUAACCAGACGCAGCUGGAAGAGUUGGAUGAUGAGACGCUGGAUGAUGAUCAGCAGACAGAGUGGCAGAGAUACCUUCGUCACAGCUUGGAAGUGGUGGCCAAGAUCAUGGAGCUGCUCCCCACCCAUGCCUUCUCCACUCUGUUUGCUGCCCUGCAAGAGAACCUCGAUGUAUAUCUUGGAUUGCAGCAAUGCAUAGUCACAAAUGGAGCAGACCAGCGUCUGAAUGUAACAGCCGAAAAUGACUGUCGGAGAUUACACUGCUCCCUGCGAGAUCUCAGCUCUCUUUUACAGGCAGUCGGGAGACUUGCAGAGUAUUUUAUUGGCGAUGUGUUUGAGGCCCGUUUCAACGAUGCUCUGACCGUAGUUGAAAGGUUGGUGAAGGUCACUUUAUAUGGCUCUCAGAUCAAACUGUACAAUAUGGAGACCGCUGUACCAUCGGUAUUGAAGCCGGACCUUGUUGAUGUACAUGCCCAGUCUUUGGCAGCACUGCAGGCUUACUCCCAUUGGCUGGCACGUUUUUACAGCGAAGUUCAGCGCCAGAACCCAGAGCAAUUUAUCUCCAUUAUCUCCACGGCAAUGGAGGCUUUGCCUCCCCUCAUCAGCACCAAGGUACAAGAGAAGCUGCUGCUCUCUGCCUGCCAUUUGCUUGUGUCCAUUGCCACAACGGUGAGGCCUGUGUUUCUUAUCAACAUUCCUGCCGUCCAGAAAGUGUUCAGCCGCGUCACAGACAGUUCAGCACAGCGAUUACCGGAGGAGGCCCAAGUGCUGCUAUGUCGAGCCCUCUCCAAUGUUCUACUCCUCCCCUGGCCCAAUGUUACUGAAACUGAACAGCAGUGGGCCGAACGCUCCAACCAUCAUACCAACCUGCUAAGUGCUCUGACCAGAGAGUACCGGCUGCUAAAGGGCAGUGCACCUCCAGCACGAAAGGGUCAGAUCGAGGCCACAAAACGUGUGAUCUGUCAGACCCUUAGUGUAUUGAGGGACAUCGUGGAGAAUAUAUCUGGUGAGGGCACUAAAUCCCGGCAGAUCUGUUACCAGUCCAUACAGGAGGCUGCUCAGCUCUCUCUUGCCCUUUUUCCGGUUUACAUCCACCAAUCUGAUGUGACACAAGAAAUGCUCAGCUUCUUCCUAGCCCUGUUCCAGGGACUGCGAGUGCAGAUGGGAGCGCCGUUCACAGAGCAAAUCAUCCAGACCUUUCUUAAUAUGUUCACCAGGGAACAGCUGGCAGAGAGUAUUCUGCAGGAAGGCAGUGCCGGGUGCCAUGUGGUGGAGAAAUUCUUGAAGAUACUUCAAGUGGUCGUGCAGGAACCCGGGCAAGCUUUCAAACCGUUUUUACCCAGCAUCCUGUCACUCUGCAUGGAACAACUGUACCCUAUAAUUGCAGAGCGCCCCUCCCCCGAUGUAAAAGCAGAGCUCUUUGAGCUGCUGUUCCAGUUGCUGCACAAUAACUGGAGGUAUUUCUUCCGCUCCUCCAUCCUGGAUAGCGUUAACAGAGACGCAGGCGAUGAACCAAUGGAGAACCAGGCGCAGUUUGUUGUAGUCAUGCAGGCGUUUGGUCAAUCAUUUCUUCAACCAGACAUACAUGUGUUCAAGCAAAAUCUCUCCUACCUGGAGACCCUCAACAGCAAGCAUAAACUGUACCAUAAGAAGCUGUUCCGGGCUGUCAUGCUGCCUCAGUUCGUCAGUGUUCUGCUGCAGGUUCUUAUUCACAAAUCCCAUGACCUUCUGCAGGAGGAGAUUGGCAUUGCCGUCUACAACAUGGCAUCAGUGGAUUUCAGCACGUUCUUUUCCUCCUUUCUCCCUGAAUUCCUCGGCAGCUGUGAGGGCUUAGACAGUGGCCAGAAAAAUGUCCUCGCCCGCAAUUUCAAGAUGGAACGGGACCUGCCUUCGUUUACGCAGAGCGUCCAUCGCCUAGUGAAUGAUCUUCGAUACUACAGACUCUGCAAUGCCAGUCUCCCUCCGGGAACUGUGAAACUGUGACAAAACCCUUCCAUUUUUUUUCAAAGAAUGGUCAGAUUUCCCCUUCUCUUCACGUCGAUUGUCUUAACUCUACAGCUGUGAAGCACGCUUUUUAAUUUUAUUUUAUUUUCCCCCCCCCAAUUUUAUUUUUGUUUUUAAAUCACUGACUUUUUAGCACAUUCUCUGACAGAUUUCAGUGCCUGCUGUGACUCUCUUCUCAAACCAACUCUGCCCAAACAUUUUAAUCCCUUGGUUUAUAAAGGGGUUAAGUAAAUCUCCUUGUUUUUUGUUUUUUUUUUAACUGAAAACACUUCUCAGUUUUACAAACCUUAUCGUUCCCAAAUUUCCUUAUUUGCAGAGGAAGUGGAGAGGUCUGCUUCCCCUAAUGGACGCAUACUCUGGAUUUUUUAAAAUGGACAUUUAAGCUACAUGCCUGACCCAAUUAUCUGGAGAAAGACUUUGUGUAAUGUUUUUAUAUUUUAUUUUAAUUUUUUUUUUUUUUUUUUAUCAUUCCAUUGUGAAUUGCAACAUCGCUUCCUGCGAAUUAAACUCCUGUCUUGUUUA